UUCUUUCUUUUCACCGGUGCUAAAUGAGACGCAUUUCUAGCCCGUGCUGGACACCUACGGUCUGUCCCAGUUCGUCUCCAGUUAGCCUUCUAGCCAAACGGGUGCUUUCCUUUGUCGCUCGCCUCCUUGUGCUAGGACCCGAGUGGUAGUAGAUCUAGCAAAAUAAUCGAAGCCAGGAGAAUUGGUUUCGUAAAUAUACUGGCCGAGAGAGACUUCAGUAGGCUAGGCAGCGACGGCUGCAAGUCUAGUUCCAACUUCCAGGCUAUUCAAAGUAUAAGUACCCUUCAGUGUUACUCCGUUGGAACUACCCCCAACAAUCAUUGGCACUUGAUAUUCCAACACUUGGCCCUUCUUACCCAAUCUUGGAUACUCUCAGAUACACCUUUCUACUAUUUUCCCUUUCCUUUAUUGUUCACCUUGGUGACUUUCUACAGAGCAACAUUGAAGAUGAGCAUCAAUCCUCGAAACUGUGCAAGUGCGAGUCGAAGCAUCUCGCCACCCUCGUGGUCUAUGAUAAACGAGUUCGACAUAGAUGAAGAAGCCUCGAUGACGGGCGAAAGCUCUGUUCGCAAUGGAGAACUUGACACAGAAACUGCUGCCAUCGAGGGGUGCAAUAAGAGUCUAGCCAGCCCUCCUAUCGGAAAGCGGCCUGAGAAUUGGACCAUGGCUGUCUCUAUGGGCUUGAAGAUUCUCGUAGCGGAAGCUAAGGGGAUGGCAUCGAAGCCGGUGAUCAAAUACAUAAAGAGAUAUCUGAACGGGACUAAGCUUAUAUUUGUUGUCGGCCAGUCUGGGACGGGGAAAUCUACUUUUCUCCGUGAAAUUAGUGGCAUGGAUCUUCAAAUUGGGAAGACUAGAAACUCAGGGACAAAGAAUUACGAAGUUUGCCCUGCCGUCAUUGACGGUGAGCAAUAUUUGUUCAUUGAUACUCCGGGCUUUGGUGCUGCCGAUAUGGAUGAUAUGGAUUGCUUCUGCGACAUCAUCGCGUGUCUAGAAGUCCUAGGUCCUUUCGUUACUGUCGCUGGCCUGAUCUUUGUGACUGGUGGUAACCAGGAGAGGCUGACUCAACAAGAACUGAAGACCAUACACUGGAUCAAAUGUUUCUGUGGCCCCCAGUUUUAUAGAUACAUUACUAUCAUGACAAGCAAGUGGGAUAAGAUCAGCGAGGAUGACUUUGAGGAGGGGUGGAACAGCAUGCUCAGCAUGUUGGAAAUGAAUCCAAGCUUUGCCGAGAUCCUCAAUCCCCCAGUGACUUCUAGGCACACCUCGAACCACGAUUUUGAGGGUGGCCGUGUCUACCACCAUGGCAUUGUUGUGAACAAGGACCAUCCGAGCGUUCCAUUGAAUCGUCUCAGCCUCCGCCACCAUGGAAAAGAAAGAGCAGAUAUAGCUGUCACCAUGAUCAGGAAUCACUACAAAACGGCCCCAGGCGUGAAGCUUCAGAUAAUCCAUGAGAUGGGCAACAACAUCUCUUGGUACAAUACAGAGGCCGCAAAGGUUCUUAAGCACAAUCCAAAUGACAUCAAGCUCCACGUCCACAACGAUAUUCUUCAAGUCUUUGCGAGGAGCGAGGGGCAUAAUCUCACUGACCAAAGUGGGCAUGACUCGCUCCAGUCGGCUGCUAGCACUCAAAAUCUCACAAGCCAGCUUCCAUGUGCCGGAGUAUCGAAGGCAGGGACGCAAUGUUGUCAGCCGGCGUUGGAUAAUCAGCUGAAGGAGGCUGGGGAGCAGAACCAGCCGUGGCUUAGUAAGGUUGGGACCUGGCUGAGAAUCGCAAGGGACGUAGCCCUGUUCUUUUUUCCAAGAGUCGCAGGCCGCGGGUAAAGUCAUAUAGCAAGCGACGGGCCAGUCCUAGGGGAGUACCAGGAAUUCGCACUCGAGGGCUUUGGAUUGUUGACGCGAUAGUACAACAUAGUCGUUUAGGAGCUAGCAAUAUUACGGGAAGGCGAUAGGUAUUUACAGGCUGUGCCCUUCUCGAGGAGGAAAUACAGCUUAGGCAAUGAACUGUCGUGAUUUUAAUCUCCGAAAGAAAAGCAAUAGUAACGUGAGCAUCAAUCCUGCCGCGGUCCAUCAGUGGAAGAAUAUCAC